UUCCUUCCUCCCUCCCGCGGGCUCCGGGGCUCUGCCCUCUCGGCCCCUCCCCAGACAAGUGUCCCGCUCCUCGGGGGCAGCCCGCCCGCCCACCUACUAUGAGGAGCAGCUCCUCCCACCUGCCCAUAAAAGCCAAGCGCUAGUUAGCCCGCGCCGAGCAGAGCACGUCCCGGUCGGUCCUCGCGGUGGGAGCCCGCGCACCGGUCCCCGGUCCCAGGUGCCCAAGCUGUGUGUCUGGUUGCCCACUGUUUCCCCUGCAUUGUCUGAUCUUCAUUGUGAACUCCUAGAGGCAAGAAACUGUUCUAGAAGUAGAGGAGCGUCCGUGAAGAGACAGAAGCCAGCUCCAGUAGUGCCACAGGAAGGCACAAGUACUGACCAGCCAAGCCUGAAUGUGAUGGCUGGGCUGCCUGGCGCUCUUCCACUGCUGGGCGUGCUCCUCGCCAUUUCCCUGGGCACCCUCAAGCUCGCUCAGGCUGGGGCCUACUAUGGAAUCAAGCCGCUGCCACCUCAAAUCCCUCCUCAGAUGCCACCACAAAUCCCACAGUACCAGCCCCUGGGCCAGCAAGUACCUCACAUUCCUCUGGGCAAAGAUGGCCUUGCUAUGGGCAAGGAGCUGCCCCACAUGCAAUAUGGCAAAGAGUAUCCACACCUACCCCAAUAUAUGAAAGAAAUCCAGCCGGUGCCAAGAAUGGGAAAGGAAGUGGCACCCAAGAAAGGCAAAGGAGAAAUACCAUUAGCCAGCUUGCGGGGAGAACAAGGUCCCCGUGGAGAACCUGGCCCAAGAGGACCACCUGGGCCCCCUGGUUUGCCAGGCCAUGGGAUACCUGGAAUCAAAGGAAAACCAGGGCCUCAAGGAUAUCCAGGAAUUGGAAAGCCAGGCAUGCCUGGAAUGCCGGGGAAGCCAGGAGCCAUGGGAAUGCCUGGAGCAAAAGGCGAAAUUGGACCCAAAGGGGAAAUCGGGCCCAUGGGGAUCCCAGGACCCCAAGGCCCUCCAGGGCCUCAUGGACUUCCGGGCAUUGGGAAGCCAGGCGGACCAGGGUUACCAGGGCAACCAGGAGCAAAGGGUGAUCGAGGACCCAAAGGACCACCAGGACCUCCAGGCCUUCAAGGUCCCAAAGGAGAGAAGGGCUUUGGGAUGCCAGGCUUGCCGGGUCUUAAAGGUCCUCCGGGCAUGCAUGGCCCUCCUGGCCCUGUUGGGUUGCCCGGAGUAGGAAAACCAGGAGUGACAGGCUUUCCUGGGCCCCAGGGUCCCCUUGGAAAACCGGGGCCUCCAGGAGAACCUGGACCACAAGGUCCUGUUGGGAUACCCGGAGUUCAAGGACCUCCUGGGAUUCCUGGAGUUGGGAAGCCAGGCCAGGAUGGCAUCCCUGGACAACCAGGAUUCCCAGGGGGCAAAGGGGAGCAGGGCCUGCCAGGGCUUCCUGGACCACCAGGUCUCCCAGGUAUCGGGAAGCCAGGUUUCCCAGGACCCAAAGGGGACAAGGGCGUGGGGGGUAUUCCUGGAGCUCUUGGACCAAGAGGGGAGAAAGGACCAAUAGGUCCCCCUGGAAUGGGGGGACCCCCAGGAGAGCCAGGCCUCCCUGGGAUCCCAGGUCCUAUGGGCCCUCCGGGUGCAAUUGGCUUUCCUGGGCCUAAAGGAGAAGGUGGGAUUACAGGGCCACAGGGUCCGCCAGGUCCCAAGGGUGAGCCAGGCCUUCAAGGCUUCCCGGGAAAGCCAGGGUUUCUUGGUGAAGUAGGGCCUCCUGGCAUGAAGGGCUUGCCAGGUCCCAUAGGGCCUAAGGGGGAAGCCGGGCACAAGGGAUUGCCAGGUCUCCCCGGAGUGCCGGGUUUGCUAGGACCCAAGGGAGAGCCCGGCAUCCCGGGGGAUCAGGGUCUGCAGGGUCCUCCUGGUAUCCCAGGGAUCGCAGGCCCUAGUGGCCCCAUUGGACCACCGGGUAUUCCAGGCCCCAAAGGGGAACCGGGCCUUCCAGGGCCCCCGGGGUUCCCUGGUGUGGGGAAGCCAGGAGUGGCAGGACUUCACGGGCCCCCAGGGAAACCCGGAGCCCUUGGACCUCAAGGGCAGCCUGGCCUUCCUGGGCCCCCGGGGCCUCCAGGUCCUCCAGGGCCCCCAGCCGUGAUGCCCCCUACCCAGCCACCCCAGGGAGAGUAUCUGCCGGAUAUGGGACUAGGAAUUGACGGGGUGAAACCGCCGCACGCCUAUGGGGGUAAGAAGGGCAAGAGUGGGGGUCCCGCCUACGAGAUGCCCGCCUUCACCGCCGAGCUGACCGCCCCCUUCCCGCCCGUGGGGGCCCCGGUGAAGUUCGACAAGUUACUGUACAACGGCAGGCAGAACUACAACCCCCAGACGGGCGUUUUCACCUGCGAGGUCCCGGGCGUGUACUACUUCGCAUACCACGUCCACUGCAAGGGGGGCAACGUGUGGGUUGCUCUGUUCAAGAACAGCGAGCCCGUGAUGUACACGUACGACGAAUACAAGAAGGGCUUCCUGGACCAGGCGUCGGGCAGCGCGGUGCUGCUGCUGCGGCCGGGGGACCGCGUCUUCCUCCAGAUGCCCUCCGAGCAGGCCGCGGGACUGUACGCCGGGCAAUACGUCCACUCCUCCUUUUCAGGGUAUUUAUUAUAUCCCAUGUAAAAAGAGAAAAAAAUAAAAAAUAAAGGAAAAGAGAUUUAAUUAAAAAAGAAAAAGAAAGAAAACGACACACCCAAAACAACCAACCCAAAAAAAAAAAAAAAAAAGCAGUGAGAAACAUGUUUCAAAAUGUUUCAAAACAUUUAUAUAGUUGGGAAAUUGUAUUUAAGUGAACCUUUGGGACCAUCAUGUACAAAUCAAAUCUCAGAUGCAUGUCUAAAUACGAAGUGUAAUUGAAAAUGGAUGAAAUGGACCCACUGGACUCUUCGCUAGCAAUUGCAUGUCGCAGGCUUCCCUGAUCAUCUGCUAAUUCAGAGCAGUCAAAAGACGUCAUUCUGAAAGAUCACAGUUAAUGAAAGUCACUCUCUCAUACUGUUUUCUUUAAAGUAUUUAUAAAUAUGCCUUAAAGAAGUGUUGAUACCGUAUUUACUUGCAUAGUUUCCUCUCUGAGCAGAUUCCUCGCGGCGGGGUGCUGGAGGGGAGUUCUGUCCUCUUAGUGUUCAGACGGGAGGAAGCGAAGGAGACCCUGGCAAUCUCUAGUACAAGAGAAAUUUAUCUCAUGUCAGCGGCUGUGGUUCUAGCAACAGAAGUCCUAGGAACGAUAUGUAUGAUAUCCCAAAAGAACCAAGCCCUUUUUCUUGUAAUUCCUCAGCACCUUCUCUGGGCUGAGCAGUGUGGGUUAUAAAAGGGAAUCACCUUAGAGUUCACAGAUCAGCUCAGAGCAUGAAAAUUUUAACUCAUUUAUUCCUCAAAGGUUUCUUUUACAUUUAUUUUUCUGUAACUUGGCAUUUUUUUUCUUCUUCUUCUAUCCAAGUGAUUUAUAAUAUAACCCCUGGAAGUUAUACAUUUUAAAAUAUCCUCAAGUAAUUGCAGUUUUGCAAAGUGCUCAUUAUUAAUAUAAGUUACCAAUUGUGUUUCAUUGCGUUUUUAAAAAUCCCUAUUUUGUGCCCCCCCCCCCACACACACACAAACACUGACCACAGUGCAGUUUCAAUCAUGGACAUACCAAUGUUUUGGUAUCUGUGAUUUUUUUUUUUUUUUUUUAGUAACUACCAUGUCAUCGGAGAUUUCCAAAAUUGUUCAAGCUACCUUUGCAAUUUGAAUUAAAAGCAUUAAUAAUUGCAUAGGAAAAAGACAUAUGUAUUUUAAAUGAAUAAUUACAAGCCUUGGCAUUUUAAAACGAAUGUCUGGCUUCCAGAAUAGGGACUAAAAUUAUAGAAAAAAAAUAGCUUUAUUUAACAGUGACCUAUAGGAUGUCAGAAUGUCACAAGACAAUAGUCUAUUCUUUUAUGUCACACCACAUUCACAGCAGUAAAAGAGAUUUGAAAGAGAGAAAUAAUUUUUUUUUUUUCAGGUUCUCACUUAGGCAUAUACUAACGGCUUCUGGAAUUGCUCAAAACACAAUUAUUUAAAGUCUGUAAUUAACCUUUUAUGGAUACAUUAGUCACUUGGGAAAAUGAAAUAGAGCUAUGGUCAUAUAAUCUUAUAAUUUUUCCAAAAAUUAAAAGUUGAAGAAUUGAAGGGACAGAUGUAGAUUGGAAAAUACACAAAUAAGUACGGUAUAUAAACAUGUUUUUACCUUGACAUAAAUUCUCCUGUCUUUUCCUUUUAUGAUAUACAAGCACCAUUUUUUCUUAAGUUUUACAAGAAAUGAGUUCACUAGGUUCCUUAUUUACUAGUAAUUGUAUAAGCCACUUUUCUCAUCAAAAACACGUCCCAGCCAACAUGCACUUGUAAAGUGAACAGUAUAUAUGUGGCCAACUCUCCUCUGGGCUGGUCUUAAAGAUGCUGAUUUGGGGCUGGUGACUAGAGAUGUCAUGUGAGCCCUCUGGUUCCUUCUCCUAAAUAACUACAUUGAAAUGGCUUGGAAGCAAGUCAGAGCAGCCUUUGUAAAGUUGCCUUUAUCUGUACAUGUAUGGGCUUUUAGUUCGCAUCAAGUGAGAGAAAUUAUCCCUUAAGUUAAACCAAAUUUCACUUUUUGAAAUAUCUUCCAACUUAUUUAUUGGUUGUUAUUCAAUUGCCU